AUGGUUUCCUCGAAUUUACCGAGAAAAACAAAAAUUUUCGUUGGUCGUCUACCCGAAAAUUGCCGGAACGAUGAGUUGCGUCAAUUAUUUCUUCGUUUCGGUGAAGUUACCGAAUGCGAUGUGAUGAAUCGUUACGGAUUUGUUCAUAUGGCUCGAGAAGAAGAUGCAGCUGCAGCAAUCAAAGCUUUGCAUAAUACAAAUUUCAAAGGUGCCACGAUAAAUGUCGAACAAUCGACAGGCAAGUCACGAGGGGGUGGUCCUGUUGGUCGCAGAGAUGAUCGAAGAGGCGGGCCAAUGAGAGGCGGAAGAAGUGGCCGAGACGGUGGUCGCGACAAUCGACCUGGUCCUUAUAGCCAUCGUGGAGUUUUUCCAAUCCCACGUGCUGGUUACGACGGAUUUUCUACAGGUGGUGUUGGUGGAGGAUAUGGUGAUUAUGGCAAUCGAAACAAUAAUGAUUUUGGCGGACGCGGUAGUGAUUAUUCAAGCGGUGGAUAUUCUGAUCGUGGAAAUUAUGGACAAAACGUGGGCGGUGGAGGUAUAGGAGGGUAUGGAUCAGCGCCUAACAUGGUCAGUGGAUAUGGUCCAAAUACUGGCGCCGUUGGCUAUGGCCCUGGAGGAGCUGAUUAUGGAAGAAAUAACGAUUAUGGUCGCAAUAGUGAUUUUGGAUCUCGAUCAGAUUAUGGCAACUUUCCUAGUGGAGGUGCAAUGAGCGGUGAUUUCAGUCGUAAUAUGUCAGGUAUGACAGAUUACGGACGAGUAGACAAUUUUGGUAGAGCUGCUGACCCUUAUACUUCCAGAAAUGAUUAUGAUCGUAACACAGGCCCGAUGAGAAAUGGUAAUGCAAUUACAACGGGUGGAUAUGGAUCUGGAUAUGGGGAUGCAGGUUAUAAUUCUGGACCAGGACCACAAACCGAUAUGUUUAGUAGAAGACCGGUCAAUUCAGUUAAUAGUGGAGUAUAUCAACCCAUGAGUGGCGGGUAUACGGAAGCAUAUGAUAGGCCCGAUGCAUAUGGUCCCUCUCGCAAUACUGGCAAUCGGUAG